GUCUUACUGAAAAAAUCAGNGAGAGAGAGAGAGAGAGAGAGAGAGAGAGAGAGAGAGAGAGAGAGAGAGAGAGAGAGAGAGAGAGAAAGAGAGAGAGAGAGAGAGAUGGGGGGAUGCACAAGUGUUGACCUUAGUGGGGAGGAGGGAUUACGGGUGCAUAAUGCGAUGGAGCGCAAGCUUUUGCAGGCUCUUCGCGACCGAGCUGGCCACCCUGGUUUCGUUCCCCGCCCUUUCAAGAGCAUUUUGCUCCGCGCUCCCAAGAUCGACAAGGCGUUUCAGACUGUGCGGACGACCUUUCGCCGCUUCGACACAAACGGUGAUGGGGAGCUGGACCUGAAGGAGCUGGGGAAUUGCUUCAACGCACUGAAGAUUCAUGUCUCUGACUCAGAAUUGCAAGGCUAUUUCGACUUGUCUAAUCUCGAUUACAGUCCUGGCAUAUCUUUUAAAGAGUUCUUGGUCACUUUGGCUUUACUCUUUUUGCUAAAUCCGAAGUGGAAAAGGAAUUUUGAUAAGGAUAAGGAUAAGGAUAAGGAUAAGGAUAACACGUGGCCGCGGGAAGGAAAAGCCUUGGGGGGAGGGAAAGAAAGGAUGGCAGGAUUCAGAGAAGAAGCGGAAGGGAAAGGAAAAUCAUCGGAGAGGGAUGGAGUAGGAGCAAGAGGACGAGGAGGAGGAGGGAGAGAGCAAAUGGAAGCAAAUGGAGGAGGAGGAGGAGGAGAGCAAACGGGAGUAAGAAGGGGAUCGGGAGCAGGGGGGGGAGGGGGGGGGGCGGGGGAAGUAGGUGGGGUUGAAAGGGCUGGAAGAGGCUUGGGAGAACGUUCGGCAGUAGGAUUGAGUGGUGGGUGUGGAGGAGGAAGAGGAGGAGGAGGAGGAGGUUUGGGAGCAGUAGGAGGAGUGGCAGAAAGAGGAGGAGGAGGAGGAGGAGGAGGAGGAGGAGGAGGAGGAUUGGGAGAAUGUGGUGAAUCGUUGGAUGGAGGAGGAGGAGGAGGGGAUGGGUUCUGUGGUUUUGGAUUGCCGGAGCUUGAGAGUGCUCUGGAAUCGGUAGCGGAUGCGUUUCUAUUUAUAGAUAAAGAUAGGGAUGGAUAUGUUACGAAACGAGAAUUAGAGAUGGCGAUGGAUCCCUCGCGGAAGGCGGGAAGCCGGGAUGGAGGCAGAGGAUUGAAUGCGCACAAUCGCUUCUUGGAGAUGGACAUUGAUAGUAGUGGGGAAGUAAGCUUCAAAGAGUUCCUCUUCGGAUUCGUUGGAUGGGUGGGGAUCGAGGAUGACAACGACGACGAUGAUGAUGGUCAUGAGGAUAUCAAACAGAAAAUGAGAGCCUUAUCCACAACGACCUCACCGACAGACGGAACUGGAAAAACGGUAAAGGAAUCGGAAGGGGGAGGAGAAGGAGAGACAGACAAAAUGGCACAGGACAUGGAUCAGGAUGAAGAGGGUAAGGAAGGCAGCGAUGAUGGCGAUUGGGGUGACGAAGAGGAGGAAGACGAGGAGGAGGAAGAGGAACCGGAAACAUUAGCGCAAUGGAUUAGGACAGUCCAUAAGUUGAAGUGGGAGAGACACAUAGAAUGUGAAAUCCGCCUGGCGCAUCACAAACACUCGCGCAAUCUGAAGAAUGCUACAGCAGAGGGAAAUGAUAUCACAACAGCAAACCGUUUUGAAUGGUUAAAGAAGGAGCAAGAGGUGAAUGAAUUCUAUGCAACACAGUAUGCGUGGAAGGCCCGACCACUUAACAAUAAUAUCGAGGUGCACAACUCGGGGUAUGUCAAACAGUUCAUGUGGCCAAAAUCUUACCAACCACAGGGAUUGAAGAGAUCAGAACAGAAAUGCAAAGCCCGGCAGGAAGCGGCAGAGGGGGCAAGCAGCAACAAUCAGGAAUCAGUGGAUUCCGAGCAAGGAACGACAGAGGAAGAACAGAUGGAGGAGGAAAAGAGACAGACAACCAUUUUGGAGGCACAAAUCAACGUUUUGAAGGACCAGAAUCGGGAAUUGGAGGAGGACACUAUCAAUCUGCAGAACAUUGCCUACGCACCACACACAGACAUCAACGCAGCGGCCAAACUGUACGCAAGGCAAAACCCGGGGAGGAGAAUUGUCCUUCCUUACCGCUGGAACAGUGGCAAUUCUGACUGGGAAGUGGCUAUCCAAAGUUGGUUAUUGCUUUCUGACUGCCAUUUCCACAUCAUUGUUCAAUUCUGUGCCAUGACUGUUGAUUCGCAGGCUCUGUCAGCGGGAGGUCCCACAUCAUCUGGAACGCUGCUGUUGUUGCUGUCGUUGUUUCUGUUGGCACUGUUGUUGCUCCUGACUGUUGCACCUUCUAUUGCUUGUGUUGAUGCUGUUAUUGCUGUUGCUCUUGCUGCUGCUAUUGUUGCUGUUCCUGUUGCUGCUGUUGCUGUUCCUGGUCUUGUGGUUGUUAUUGCUGUUGCUGUCACUGCUAUUGCUGUUGCUGCUUGUACUGUUGUUGUUGUUGUUGCUGUUGCUGUUGAUGUUGUCGGUGCUGUUGUUGUUGUUGAUAUUGUUCUUGUGUUGCUGCUGUUGAUAUUGCCUUUGCCCUUUGCUGCCAUUGCUGCUGCUGCUGCUGCUGUUGCUGUUGCUGUUGCUGUAGUUGCUGUUUUUGCUGCUGCCACUGUUGUUGUUGUCGUCGCUGCUGUCAUUGUUGCUGUUGCUGCUGGUGCUCCUUUUGAUCUUGUUGUCUUUAUUCAAGUCUUGUACCUAUUCACUGUUUGUCGGUUGCUGUUGCAGCUGCUGCUGUUGCUGUCGUUGGUGGUGUUGGUUGUGCUUAUCCAUUUUGCUAAUGUCACCUUGGUGCUUCUUGUUGUCAGUACUUUGGGCCUCAAUCCACCUCUCGCCAAAUAGGCAAACUGGCGAAUGUACCUUUCCACAAAAGGGGGCAAGGUACUUGCCACUUUCACAUUCGGCAAGCGAUAGGACAAGGUCACAAGGCCCAAAAUAUGAAAUUGCUAACUUGCAUCCAUCACACCACAGUCCAAAUGAUUGAUUUAGGUAUGAUCCUUUUGUCUUUUCUUUUUUUUUUUCCUCCUCUUUCUCUUUCUCUUUAUCAACACGGGGUGGAGAUUUAGGCAUGAUCCUGAUUCCUGACUGUUGUGCUUUAUUUGUGAUGUUCACAUUAAACUGCCAUCUCAAUCUUAAGCCGCCAGUGCCUUUCUCAUACAUCGGCUGCGGGCACGGCGCGCCAAGGGCAGCCGUUGUACCUGGCCGGUGCCGGAGGCCCAAUAGGGCCUCCGUGGUAAUCGUCGCGCCUCAGAUUUUCAAGAGGGGAAAGGUACUGGCGGUUUAAGGCCUGCUGAUGGGGAUGGUCACAAAGGGUGGUUGCCUAUUAUGCCUUAAUAGUAAGUUAAUACGCAAGAACAGAGCACGAUGACCUUUUGCAAUAUGAUGUGGCACACUGGCACCUAGAUAAAUGGCAGCAGACAAG